AUGGCAACGCCUAAUCAAACUAGCUUCGGGGUCGAAAUCGAGUGUAUCGUUGCCUACCAAAGAGGGAACACUAAGCAAAACCGGCCUCAAAUGUUCCGUGAUGCGCCAGGUAACCCGAUUAUCGUUCCUGAAGGUGUAGGAAUAACUCGAACGAUCCGUGAGUCGAUCGAACAUGUUAUUAACAAUGCGGUACGGGGCCACGAAGGUGACCGCGUCCUUAAUAUGACCAACGUGCAGGUUUCCCUAGAUAACGACUUGAACAACUUCCAUUUGCAUAAAUAUAGGGGUUGGGUGGUGAAGAGGGACUACAGCGUAAACCCUGACGACGCUCUUUUGAAGGAUUGGGAUGCGACGAAGCAUAUGUGGGAGGACGUAGAAAUAACCUCCCCGGCACUUUUUGCGACUGAAAAGUCAUUCGAAGAAGUUCGCCGAGUCGUACAGGCGCUUAUUGAUACGUUCUGGUUGUAUGCCCCAGAAAGUUCAGGCCUUCAUGUACAUAUCGGUCGAGGAAAAUAUUAUUUCGAGAUUGACGAAAUCCGCAGACUCAGCGCUUUUCUGUACGCCGCUGACCCGAUUUUAACCCAGAUGCAUCCCGAAGUCCGCCGCACCACCCAGAGACACUACUGUAUAAGUAAUCGCCUUUAUUCUACCUUGGCGCAUGGUGCACCCAGCAUAGAAGCAAGUAGGUCAAUCAAUAACCUAACCCAGGAGGGUCCUCCAAUUACUUCUAGUAGAUCGACGGGCGCUCUUCCGCGGGAAGAAAAAAGAGGACAAAAUGCGAACUUCUUUUUUCAGCGGGGUUUUUUAAAGGGUUAUACUCUAGACCAGAACGAAUUUGACACCAGGCAGCCGGCCUUUGCGGCCAGGCUCCCCCAAUACGAAGUGGGCAAGCCCCUACCCACCGCCAUUGCCGUCGAACAGCUGCUCAACAGUCCAAACCCGCCAACAAUCUCAUUGUUGAUGGAACAGGAUUCUUUUAGCCCUAUGGCGUACAAAUUCACAUUCUACGGCCAUAUGUAUUAUCGUAAGCUAGUCAUGGAAGGACCAUUGCCGAGCAGGGAAACCCAAAACGGCCGAACCAUCGAGUUCCGGCAAGCCGCAGGGAGCGUUGAUCCUGAUGAAAUUGUGGCUCAAUGCAAAAUUGCAGUGGGAGUAUGCGAUUUCGCACGUACAGCACCUCUUGAACGACUAUGGGAAGUAAUUCUUGACCUCGCGCAAGGCGAAGUAAACAGUAACUGGUAUGAUGUGUUUGACUUAUUAACCGAACUCGAUUUAGUUGAGCCAGCUAAAGUUAUUGAGCGGCGGUUAGCGGAGCGGGCCGGAAUAGAUAUGACGGAUAGUUCUCAAGAUAAAAGAUAA